AUGAAAGUUUCGCACUUCAAUGAACUUGAGGCGCACAAGGAGAAUAUCGUGCCGCAUAGGGAAGGGCGAUCUGCCCACCGCCUAACGGCAGCUCUGCAACAGUCGCUAAGCGAUAUCGCUGAUGUUCGACUGUCGUAUGAACGGCGUAUAAUGGACGAGCUGGAGGAAUUAGAUGAUCCACUGGAGCUUUACUUAGAAUACCUGUCGUGGCUGAACGACGCGUACCCACAGGGUGCGACGACCCGGCAAAGUGGAAUCAUAGACGUUAUGGAGCGUUGCCUGAAAUACUUCCAGGAGUUAGACAUAUAUCGAAAUGACCCGAGGUAUCUGAAAGUGUGGCUGUGGUACACCGAGGUCUUUGUAACAAGCCUACAGGAGAAGAAGGAUGUAUUUGUGCACCUGCUCCGGCGGCAGGUCGGCGCGAAGUUGGCGUUGUUUUAUGAGGAGUUUGCGAGCAUACUCUGCGAGCGGAAGGAGUACGGCAAUGCAGUCUCGAUGCUGAAGCGAGGCAUCGACUGCAAUGCCCGACCGUUGCAGAGGCUACGAAAGACACUUUCAGAUCUGGAGCAGAAAUUGCUCGAUGGGGGGUUCGUAAUCGAGGAGCUACAGCGCGUGGAACAUCUCCCAGAACCGCAGUCGGAGCUGAUCUUGGGUAGGGGGAGAGCUGAAAUCGAGCAGCAAAGAAUGGUUACUGAGCGGCCUGGGUCGGGAUCUAAGGGCAAAAUGCAGGUCUUCAAAGAUGACGCAACAGGACCACAAACCGAUGAUUGGAAGUUAUCUGGGUGGACACAGCUGGAUGACAAGGAGCGGCGGAAUAAGGAAAAUAAGCAGCAUUCCAUUCCACUUGUAGCAGGAACUAGGACUGAUAGACAGCCGCAGUAUCCCACAGAGAAGUCCGACAUAGAGAAAAUACCGAUAUUCUCAGACGCUCUGGGAAGGAGCGGCCCUGUCUACAAAAUAUUGGAGCAGCCAGGGAGGAAGUCUGAGAAGAUAGAGUGCAAUUUCGAUCUCCUUUAUCCUGCUAAAGAUCACGAAUUUUGCAUCGAAGAAAUCUUGGCUCUUGCCAGGAAUGUAUAUUAUAAGAAAGUCCAGCCAAAAGUGCCCACUCAAAGCACUAGCAUAUUAACUCCAAACAAGAACAAACGCCGAAAAGCAGUUCUCCAAGAUAAAACCGAUACUCCUACGAAGCCUGCUUCUCCCGCCCCACAUACGCGACAGUAUUCGCCUGAAUAUAAAAACAUAACGACCACAUCUAUCCUUCCGCUCAAGGAUGACAAUGCUGAUGAUAAUACCAACUAUUCUGAGGGCAAACCUAGAUCGCCUACUGUAACCAUGUUUUCACGAGACGCUAUGAAGGAAGUAUACUCCAUGUUUAAUCAGCACUAUACAGAUCCAAAACCACUCUCUGAUAACGAUGAUACAACUAGUCGCUUUGCAGUAUAUGAGAACUUCACAGAGGAAUUCACUAGGAAAAAUAUGGAUGAUUUAACUGAAGUCAAACCAACUACAGUCGAAGAGUCGCCUUAUACAGAGGACCAACAGCGCAGUAGUCAAUUGAGUAAAGAAACCGUCACACCUUCAUAUAAGAGCAAACUACAAGAUUAUAUGACACCUAUUCAAGAGCGAUCUGAAUCUACCUUUCGUCUAAUAGCAAGCCAAGAGGAUGGGUUUCGGAAGCGGCGGCAGAGCGAUGCUCCUUCCAUGAAUACUGCUGAGAGUUCACCAUUUUUCACGCAGCCACAGGAAGAAGUGUCCAUACAGGAGAAUAUAAUAAACAAUCCCCUUAGCAAAACCUUAAGGCAACAGUUAUUGGAAUCUCUGCAACCUGAUUUGAAGACAUAUGAUGAUUAUUAUCAGUACACACAACCGCUAAAGAUGAGUGCAUUGUUGAAAAAGAUCCAUAAGGUAACGAAGAAUGUUAAUAAAAAUCCUAUUGUAGAUUUCAAGAAAACAAAUGAUUUGUAUUGUAUAAGAGCGGAACUGGGCGAGGGGGGAUACGCGACAGUAUACUUGGCAGAAUCGAGCACUGGACAACUGAGGGCGUUAAAGGUCGAGAAACCAGCUAGCGUUUGGGAGUUUUAUAUACUGAAACAGGUGGAGAAAAGAUUGGCGCAGACUGCGAUUUUAAGGUCGAUCAUUAAUGUGAGUGCACUACAUUGUUUCCAAGACGAGAGCUACUUAGUUCUGAAUUAUGCCAGCCAGGGAACUGUUCUGGAUUUAAUUAAUUUAGAAAAGCAUCGUUCCGGUUCAAGUCUUGAUGAAUGUCUUUGUAUUUUUAUUACGGUGGAGUUGAUGAAAGUGAUUGAAUGUAUUCACGAAGUCGGAAUCAUACACGGGGAUAUUAAGCCAGACAACUGUAUGUUAAGGUUUGAAACCUGUAGCUCAUUAGGCGACUACAACCCGUAUGGUGAGAACGGUUGGUCCAAAAAGGGUAUAUUUUUAAUUGAUUUCGGCAGGUCCUUUGAUCUCACAUUAUUUCCUAUUGGAACUAAGUUUACAGCCAACUGGGCGACCGAUCAGCAAGAUUGCCCGGAGAUGAGAGAGGGACGGCCAUGGAGUUAUGAAGCGGAUUAUUACGGAUUGGCUGGGAUUAUUCACGCAAUGUUAUUUGGAAAGUACAUCGAGACAGGGAAGUUUAAAGACGGCUAUUACCGGCUCUCAAAUAGCCUUAAACGUUACUGGAGGAAAGAUAUAUGGGAGCCUCUGUUCAAUCUUCUAUUAAAUAGUGGUCGACGUGGUGAUCAACAAACAAUCAUAUCUGAACUCAAGAAACAUAGAUCGCGGAUGGAGGGGUACCUUGAAAGUGAGACAAGCACAAAGCUAAGGAACAUUAUUCUUGGUUUAGAAAUGGAACUCACCAAGGGCAGAUAG